AUGGGAACCCGCAGGCGGCGGGCGACACUUGCCGCUCGUGGUUCACGAGGUUUCUGGGCCCUGAUUCUUUUGCCCAGAGCUGUUUGCCAAACAGCAGGACGACCAGGCACUGGAAGUGCGUGCCCAAAGUCAGAAUGGGUCGAUCCUCAGACACCGUCCUCGGAGUGCGUGUCACAGUUUGAUUCGGCGGGACGACCUUUGACUUUGGUCUUCUCGGACGAGUUCAACGUUCCAGGUCGCACUUUUGCUGAUGGGCAUGAUCCAGUUUGGACGGCUAUCACUGGCUUUCCAUCCACCAAUGACCAGGAAAAUGCCUAUGAUGAUUCACCUAGACAUGCCACGACCAGCGAUGGCAACCUUUGGUUACGAAUUUCCAAUCAAGCCAGCCAGCUUGAUAUGGUCAAUACAUCCAGUGGCAAGAGAGAAAUUAAGAAGAGGCCGUACACCUCGGCGAUGCUGCAAAGUUGGAACAAAUUUUGUUUCAGCGGUGGCGUGGUAGAGAUGUCGGCCAAAUUCCCUGGCAGACCUGACAUCCCAGGGCUUUGGCCGGCCUUUUGGCUCCUGGGAAAUCUCGGGCGAGCGACGGUCGAAGCAUCCGUCAACAACGUCUGGCCGUACACGUACUCGCAGUGCCCGUCGGAUCAGAUGGACAAUGCGAAUCAGGAUCCACGGAAACAGCAGCGGAUCAACGAAUGUUUAGGUGAAAAUUGGACUCAACGCUACGGGCUUCAUCCACACCAGGGCCGAGGGGCGCUGGAGAUUGAUAUUUUGGAGGUGUUGCCCGGAAGCCAUGGCCCCAAUUACAAGAAGGACAAGGUGGAGACUGGCAUUUGCCAACCUCAAAGCGAGGUCCUUUAUACCAAGCUGGAUAUGCCACGGCCACAUUUGCUGAACACGCUGCAGGCCGCGCCCGGCAUUCCCUUCUUGGCGGAUCAACGGCCACCUUCGCCACCGCGGCUGAACACCACUUGCGUCCCAGAAUGGGGCAAGCAAUGGUACGAUGGUCUACGGCCUGAAGCUCCAGGGGUAUAUGGAAGUUCGUCCACCAUCAACUACCACAAUUACGGUAAAUACAUUGUCAACAUCAACGAUUGGACAGACGUCCAGAUCCAAGUGGAUUCCAUCGGAGCCAUGACGCAGCUCAGCGAAGAUGCCUUCAGUGGGCAGCAUGUCUACCGCUUUGAAUGGAGCACGGAGGGCGAUGGCCAGUUGACGUUUUGGAUGGAUGGGCAACUUUUGUACAGGCUUGAUGGGAAGGUCUUGGCACAGAACAUGGCCAUCACGAAGGAUGGUAAGGAGGUGGGCACUCUACUGGCGCGACAAUUGCUACUUGAGCCUCUAUCGAUGAUCCUCAACAUUGACGUAUCGAAGCAAUGGGGAUGGGACAUCAUCGAGCAGGAAUGUGGAGGAUCUUGUGGUUGUUGUCUCGACUGUGGUGAGCCGGAAUGCAUAUCUUGCAUGCUCGAGAAGGGCAAAGGCCACGAAUUCCUUCAUCAGCUUUGCAGGACUUUGCCUGCCACCUAUGAAGUGGACUACAUCAGGGUUUUCCAGACGGAGGAUCAGCAAGCUGAAGAUCGGCAGGGUUGCUCACCUAAGGUGGCACCAACACAGGGCUGGAUCGACAGCCAGGGUUCUCGCUUCGUGCUGCCCAACUUUGAUGCACCACUUCAGCCCGUCUAUGCAGGCGGAGGCAGGUGUCAAACCGACGCCAGUUGUGGCUCAAACUCAGGCGGUGGCACAUGUCUGGAUGGCGUUUGCAAAUGCACCAAGGGCUGGACAGGGCCCAGUUGUUUGGCGCGCAUGGCAGGGGCGGCCUUGACCUGCAGACCACUGGAGGCGACGUUGGUGGGCGGUGGUCCGUGCUUCGUCAAUUCCACCCAUGACAAUUGUGGGCAAGGAACCUGCAUCGAGAUCAAACGUCCCUGGGAUGCCCCUUGGCAAACCGUUGAAGGUCUCCAUCAUCGCUUCGAAGCCGUUGGGACUGGCGACGGUCGCUGCCAAUGCAACCUGGGAUGGAAGGGACCUUUCUGCAGUGCUCGAACAGGCCAAGUGGAUGACGACAAGCACAUUAGUUGGGAGGAAAGGACGUGCGUUCCAGAUUCUCGUCUCAGUUCGCCGCAACUGGAAGCCUUGAUCACCAAACUCUGUCGAAGUUGGUCCAUGGACAAAGAGACUGGUGAGAGGGUCUCUGAAGCUUGCUCAGAGAUUGCCUGGACGUCUGAAGGGCGCUUCUCUCAAUGUGGUUCCUGGCCAAGGGCCUCCUUGCUGGUAGAGGCUGUGAAGAAAGAAAAAGGCAUUUGCUGCACGCAUCUAGACGAGCAAGGGCGGGAAAUGUGCUUCGAAGACGAAGCGCAGUUUGACAUCCUGUUCGGAGUUGCUGUCGCAUCCUUCGCAACAAUGGCAGUUAUUGGGUGCUUACGACAAGCACAUCUUCGAGGUGGGUUGUUUUCACGACGGUCCCAUGGCGCUACAGAAAAUGGGUUUGACUUAAAGAGAGAGGAUAGUGCAGAUGAAACAGAAACAGAAGACGAGGUCAAUGGUUUCUCAGGGAGCGACAGCGAGGAAUCCAAGUAGCGGGCGAUCGAUGUUGCUUCGCCCCCAACUUCGAAUAGGUUUCACCGUGUUAUAAAUGGUGGUGUUUAGAAACUUGGC